CACUUUCUGCCAACUCUUGACCUCGACCGGCCGACAACGCGCACACCUUCGUAGCGGCAGAGAGCUCCAGCAUUGCCAGGCUGUGGCCUGAUCAAAUUCUUCCAAUUCUAUUGCGACAGGAUUUAAUGCGAGCUACAUGCAAUGCAUCCGGCCAACUAGAAGCGCGUUGAAGAUUUUAUAUGGGAAGUCCGUAUUGCGACUUCCCUCACGCCUCCAACAUGGCCGGCAUUACUCCCCUAGGGCUUUCAACAGACGUCCGUUUGCUUCUCUUUCUCCGAACUUCUUUUCCGACAACGCGCCCGGCCCUUCGCUUUCCAUUCACGAAGCCGUCAAUUUGGUGGCAGAAAAUCCGCUUCCCACAACACAAUCCUCAUUGAGACCCUCCGAGGCCUCGCUUGCAGCCGCGCAGGCGAUUCGGUUGUGCAUCCAGCAAAAGGGCAUCUCCGAUGCUUUUUUCGUGCUCAACUCCAUCCGAUACGCUGUGUACAAGCGCUUGACUCCUCCGCUCCCUUCAAAAUGACCGGCAUGUCUCUUUCCAAACCCGAGUUUGAGGAAGCCGUGCUUCAGUUUGGCUCCGAUGUGUCCCCCCGGCUAUCUGCGCACACACUUCUGCACGGGUUGCUCAAGAGCGGGAUGAAGGAGGAGGCGUUCCAGCUUUCCCGCUUGCUCAUGGCGGAGGGAAUCAAACUACGCAGCGUCACGCUCGAUACAAUUGUACAAUCUCUAGUGCCGGUGCAGCCCCAGCGCCGGAGACGUGGUCUCUCGCACAUGUUUCCUCGUCGCGAAAUCCUCUGGGACGUGCGACCGAUGUCCUGCUUCUGCGGCCGUCGAUGAUGGCUGACCAAGGCAUGCGAUUUGCGUUGCACCUGAUGUUUUUGGCCAGGCGGCAUCGUCAGCGUCGCACGGACAACAUGUUCAAGCUUUUCAUGGCGGCAACCUUGCUCAACGGCGAGCUGAUCAUAUUUUCUCUGCUGUUUGGCUGGGCUUGUCGGGACUGGCAAACGGCCUUCAACCUGGAAUUGAAGCUGGAUGUGUUACCGGAAGAUCACCCGCUGCAGGAAACAACCAAAGUCGAGGGAUUGAAGCUGCGGCUGACUCAUCUGCAGAGCGAAUCCAUCUUUCCUGAUGCCGAAAUGCUGGACAAGGGCCUAUCGGUGAUCGAUGCCAUCUUGGCAUUGGACGGGGAGCUCGACUCGGUGUCACAUCGACGUCUGGUUGCUCUCCAGGCACUGGGGAAUCUGGCUGGGCUGCUGGAGCGGCAGCAGAUUCCGUUUGCGCAGAUCUCGACUUUAGUGCGUUCGAUGUACAAGUGUCCCAGAGUCGACGACGAGAUUUGGAUCGUCGGUCUCGGUGGGUGCCCAGAACGCAUAAAGGCUUACGACUAUUUCCACUCGGUGCUCGAGAAGCUCAUCCAGAAUGUGCCCAAACAGCCUCCGGCUGUUCGGUCAAAGAAAGCGCUGCGGCCGAACUCGAUCGUCAGAGCCUAUACUUUCCCCAUUCUUCCGCCGUUGUCAGUGCAGAGCUACAACGCCCUUUUGCACUAUUCUCUGCGCCAUCGACUUUCGCCAGGCAUGGGUAAUCAGCUUCUCCGCCACAUGACUGUGGAACGUUACGAACCUCUCGCCCCGGACUCGGUCACGACCAACAUUCUGCUCCGUUCGGCGACAUUGCUCCGGAAAGACGAGAUGUCGACCGAUGUGCUAAGUGCCCUUGUGUCAGAGCAGCUUCAAUUCAUCACUGCUCCACCGCAGAAGACGGAGAUCGUCGUUGACGAGCGAAAAUGGGGUCGGAAGCUUGAACGUGUGUCGACUGCACGGGUCGUGAUCCCGCCACUACGUACCGACCUGGACGUCUAUCUGAUCACGACGUACAUCUCCUAUCUGGUGUCGCGGAGACAGUCGCAGGCGGUGAAGGAGCUGCUGUUCCAGAUCAUUCCUGAGCUGGACAGCAAAAAGUAUCCGACGAACGAGAGCCACGACAAGGCGCAGCGCAAGUUCGGCCGAGAGGCCCUGCUCAGCGGUCUGCAGCGAGCGAUUUGGCUGGGACCUGUGUUCUUGACGUGCAUGCUCAACGCGCUAUCGAAGCUGGGCCAUCCUGCUCUUGCCGAUCGUGUGUGGCAACUAGCAAAGAAGGCAGAAAAAUGCAGCUGGCUGCGGCAGCACGUGCCAGAGCGCGAACCAUGGAUCUUUGGCCCGGAAGUUUACACGGUGAUGAUGGACUGCUAUGGGCAGCUGUCGAGACGACAGAAGCCUUGGAGGCUCACGCUGGAUCCGAACCGACGAAUUUCCAAGCGGACGGCGGGGCACUCUGUGUGGGGGUCGUUCCAGUACGAAUGCCAGAAGUUGCCCGACCGUAAUGGCCCGGAUGUGAAUGCGCUGUUGCACCGGUUCAUGGGACAUGCUGCUUUGCAGGUUUUCUUGCGGUUCAUGCAGCUUCCCAAAGUCCACCAGCAAGUCACUCAGCUCAAAAUAUGGCUUCCACCAGAGAAUCUUCCCAAGCCCGAUGCGCGCUUUUUCAACUCGGCACUUUGGGUUUUCCGUCCUCGGAUGAAAGCACAGCGUACUCGAUUGCACCGAGAGCAUCUGUCUCAAGUUCAGGAUGCGUUUACGCGAACAGGUGUGCCAGCGCAAGACGGAGGCUGGAAUCCUGCGUUGCAGCAGGUCGCGGAGCACAUGGUUGCAUCUGGGUACCCAAUUCCCUAUGGAUUGCGAUACCUGUUCGUUGGGCACCUGGAAAACAUGGGGGAUGCGGCUCCUGUUGACCGUCGACCCGGGGUCUUUGCCCAUGGGCGAUAUCAGCCUUCCGGGAACCAGAGAUUCAGACUGCCGACCGCCAAACACCGAGGCCUGCCGCUGGCGAAACGGUAUCGAGCCAGUCGCCGGAAUAGGUAGUGGAUAGACUAAAAUCAGGGCUGUUGUUAGUACUACAACGGUGAAGUAACAAAAAAAAGACCAUUAAAAACGGUUGUAUAGACAUCGAUCGUCUGAUGGGUACUCGAGGGGCGCGUUACUCGAAGGCGAAGC